GGCUAAAAGUUUACAUUGAGAAAGGAGGAAGGAGUUCUGAGUCUAUCGCUCUAAACCUAAAGCCUUGUGGGUUUAUGUUGAGUUUACCUUGGAGUUUACGUGAUAAUACAGGGUGAUUUGUGUAACUGAUGUUGUACUGGCAUUUGUUUCUGCAUGGUCAAGUUGAAGUCCAAGGCCAUAUAAACCGUCAACUCAAGGUCAUAUGUGCUCAGAUUAAUGCUGAUUAUACACCACAGGAGCAUUGAUGUAUGCGUAUCGGUAUCGUCUCACUCAAUGCCAGUAUUGACCACACCAUCCUUAGUUAAAUUGGAUUGAGAUACUGAGGCUGUACUGUUGUCUGAUAGAAGCAUCAUGAACACCAGAGACAAAUUGGUCUCUAUGAAAAUUGUGAAGCUAUUAUUCAAGCCUUUGAGUGUCUAAUCAAAUUGUCAAGUGACUGGACCAUGGGCAGCUGCCUGUGCUCCUGUCUAACGGGAGGGCCUACCGAUGAGGACGGCUCACGGAGCCGGGUCGAGGGCAAUGGAGCGGCACGGGACGACCGCCACUACCUGGACUGCGGCCUGUUUGUCCGCCUGCCGACACUGGUGGACAACCUUGUCCUGGAGACACUGGACAAUGUCCGGACACUGGUGGACCUUGACCAGGACCCGCCGCGCUCGAUGGUCGUGCUGCACAUGAUCGCCGACAAGGAGGACGGCUGGCUGACGGUGGUCCUCUCCAUGGUGAACGUGAUCCCGAUGGCCGACCCGCUCGGACCGGCCGUCAUCCUGCUGCUGCUCGACGACUGUCCACUGCCCACAAAGGACCUGGUGGUGCGGCUGGCCGCCAAGCUGAAGCUGUCUUCCCAGUACGUCGAGGAGAACCGCAAGCGGCCCGUGCUGUUACGGAACGUGUGUGUGGUGUUUGGCUGCCUGGCGGAAAAGAUGGCCGGCCCCAACUCUCUGGCGCUGCUCACAGACGACACGCUGGCGUUCCUGCUCGAUAUACUGAAGCUGGACGACUCGCCGACUGUGAUUCUUUUCUCUCUGAUUGCGCUGGAGAAGUUCGCCCAGACCAGCGAGAAUAAGCUGACAAUCAAGCAGCGUCUGGCGGUGAUGGAGCCGAACCCUCUGCUGCGCCUGGAGGCCUGGGUGUCGCACGCCGACUACCAGUACCAACAGGUCGGCUUUUGCGCCCAGUGGUGCCUCGACAACCUCUUCGAGGUCGAGGGCCGUCCGUUCACGUACGAGGGCCAGGACUUCACCGGGCUGAAUGUGAUGCUCAACAGCAACGACACGUCCGAGUACCUGAAAAUAUCACCAGACGGACUCCAAGCCCGUUGUGACGCCACGUCUUUCGAGAGUGUCCGCUGCACGUUUCCAAUCAGUUCCGGCUGCUGGUACUACGAGGUGACCAUAGUGACCAGCGGUGUGAUGCAGAUCGGGUGGGCCACCAAAAACAGCCGCUUCCUCAACUAUGAGGGUUACGGUAUCGGUGACGACGACAACAGUCUGGCGUACGACGGCUGUCGACAGCUGCUGUGGUACAACGCACAGGCGCGCGGCCACGGCCACCGCUGCUGGCGGCCCGGCGACGUGCUGGGCGCACUGCUGGACACAGAGGCGGCGCACUGCGUGUUCUCACUGAACGGCGACCCGCUGCCGCCCAUCACCGACCUCUUCAGCACUGUCAGUUCGGGUUUCUUCGCGGCGGCCAGUUUCAUGUCGUUCCAGCAGUGCCGGUUCAACUUUGGCCGUGAUCCGUUCCGGUUUCCGCCGACCGACCGGCCGUUCAAGACGUUCAACGAGUUCGGAACGCUCUCAGAGGAGGAACGGAUAGUGUUGCCCAGGCAAAUCCGUCUCCACAAACUCCGUCAGAUGAGCGUCAAAGAGGGCGCCUGCACGCUGUGUUUCGAUAACCCGGCCAACAUCGCGCUACAACCCUGCGGGCACAGGGGUUUCUGCUCGACGUGCGCCGGCCAGUUGGAGCAGUGCCCUAUGUGUCGAACGGAGAUCGCAGCCGUGGUGCCGGAGCAGGACCAGCAGUUGUGACACCAGCUGUCCUUCGGCUCUGACGCCGCGCUGGGAGUCAUCUGCCUGCUGGCGCUGCGUCGCGCCUCUCGCGGCACUCCGUGCCGGUCCGACCGCUGCCCGGUCCCCGCCGGGGAGGCUCGUGACGCCCCCGGGACACCGAGCUAACCGCCCGCCGGGUCGGACGGGUGACUAGUCCCCUGAGCCAGCCGACGGCGACCGGUCCGUGGGGAAGGCUGGACGGUGCGCGGGGGACUAUUCCAGUAAUGGCGGGUGUGCGGGGGCGGUGAUCAGGGGGUACUGGGUGGGUUUGUCAGGUGGGAUGGGGAGGGUCUGUAGCGGGCUGGGCCAGGUAUGUGUGAUGUGGGUCGGGCGGGCUGUACUAUCAGCUGUGAGCACGUGCUUCGUCCCUGCCGUCCGUGGGCUCAGUUGGUGGGAGAGCUGCCGCAGGACCGUGGUUUCCCUUAUUCCAACUAGGGAUAUCCGAAUGGGAAUUAUAUGGUGCUACCGUUUUUCAUGACCGCUCUGUAGAUAUUUUUGUAGAACCUUUGCCCACAUCAAUUUUUUAAUCCUGUUCGGCGAUAAUCAUGCGGGCACAUGCACAAUCAUUUUAAAAACAAAUUUGUCAAAUUUAGCUUGGCUGCCUGUAGGCUACGCAGGGAACGAUUCAAAUUAUUUAACUUCCGUGCUUUGCUGGGUUUAGGUGGGGUCGAAUUGGUUGCACUUCCAUCGUAUGGUUCUUGGCGGGGACCUACCUGUGCGAUAACCGAGCUCGGCCUGCUAAUUGCUUGAACUAAUUUGUGUUAUUAUACAAAGUAUGUGUAUUAUUGUGUAUUCAGCAUCUAUUUGUAUUUUAAAAUCAUAGGCCAGUGAAUAACCUACAAAAGUAAUCCAUCUUUUGACUACCUUAAUGUAUUUUUAUUAUUUUUUCCUUUUCAUCGUAAGGUUUUUACGUUUUCGGAUGAUUUUCCGGCAUUCCUCGAUCCGAUUCAAAGAUUUGCUAUCUGAAUCCGUUGAUUGGCUGAUUUGGUGUCCGGAAGAGUGCAUAUUUUUGGGCCAAACGGAAAUAAUUUCAUGGGAUAGAAAAAGUUCAUGCCGGAAUAAAAUUCAUGCUAGUUCUUAGGGGCUCGUUGAACCGCAAAUAUUCCUGAAUGUUGUUCGUUUCAGCUCAAGUUACAAUAUAAUAAUUAGGUACUGCUAUCUUGCUCAAAUUCUAUGUUGAAAAUGAAAAAAUGCGUAAAAUGACAAGCCCUCGGGUGUUAUAAUUUACGUAAGUCAACUCUAAUCCGCAAGUUGAGUAGUAAGAGACAAAUAUUUAUUAUGAGACAGACACAACACAUUCGGGUGGACGCGUUUUUUCGAGAGACUUCUUCAACACCCCUUCAGAAAUGGAAGCAAUACAAGCAAUACAAGCACAGUGUGCUUGUAUUGCUUCCAUUUCUGAAGGGGUGAUGAAGGAAUCUCGACGAAACGCGUCCACCCGAAUGUAUUGUGUCCGUCUCAUGAUAUCUAAUCCGCAAAUUGUGUGUAUCUCUUGCUCCGCACUACCCUCGUCUUAACUGAAUAACGGGAAGGGAAAAUAUUGAGAGCUAAAGAUACAGGGGAUUCAAACUUAGCAAAAUCGGUGCUUACAUCACGUCGCUUAUAAUGCAAACGAGCUUUUUAAAUGUACGUUGCUUCAAACCGUAUGGCUGGUGGUAGUAUUUGGAAAGCCUGCGAUGCUUCUUAGCUUGUUUCUGGACCAUAAUCCAUGUCAAUGUUUUACCUUCAAAUGUAACUUGUCAAAAAAGUUCCAUCUGUAGGGCGACAGCUGCUGUUUCAUUCUUCAAUGAAUGUUAGUCGAUCAUGAUCUUUCCUACAUGUGCACUUUUCUGCAUCAAGUCAACUGUCUGAACAUUGAGAUCGGUUCUGGCAUUGAUACGGUAGAGCAUAAAUGUCCCGUAUGAUGGAAAGUCGGUGAAAGGUUUGCGCUAAGCGGGAAUGGAUUGUCCUACCCGCUUAACGACUAACUCCUCCAGCCCAUACAUAUUCUUAUGAGCCCAGGCCUGAUGGAAACAUAUCAGCGGCUAUUAGCAGUGUUCUUUGUCACCCGAACUUAUUUCAAAGCUCAUACGAAUGCCGAGUGAAAGCUAUUUGGCCAGUUUGAUGCAGCUUGAUCCAGUUGCAACUGAUUGCGCAUCUUUUGUCAUAAAAAUCCGCUUUUUAUCUUACGGUGAAAGGUUGAGCUAGAAGCAGUCUGAUUGAAGAGCAAUUAAACUUGCAUCCAUUGCAUGUGUUGCAUAAUUUUGGAAAAAUUCGCUCUGGCCAUUUAAUGCCCUUUAGAGUUCUUUGACUUAAAAUGAUCUUUGAGGAUCUAAAAAUGUAAAAAACGUAGUAUUUCUCCGGUCCUUUCUGCCACACUUCGAAUCCUUGUUUCCAUCAGAAAGUGUGUCUGCAACUAUUGUUUAUCUUCACUGACACAAAAGUAAACGGCGCGGCAGUGCUCGGUAUUUUUGUGAUAAGGUCCUUAGCUUAUAGACAUCGUUUAGCCAUGCUGUAGGCACGCACGGGUCAGUUUAGGACCAAUGUGGCGCAGCCCGUCCCAGGGGGUCGCUGCAGUGGAGGGAGGCUGUAGUGCACAUCGCAGUACGGGUCGGGAGGGCGCCGCGCCGGCUGAUUUUGGUCCGGGGGCGCUGGGCGUCUGUCCGCGGCACCCCGGUGUGACCUGGGUGCUGGGCGUCCCCGGGGCGCCCGUCCGCGGCGCCCCGGUGACCAGGGGCGCCGGGCGUCCGACCUGAGUGCCUAUGGGGCGGGGCAGUUCCGCUACGCCGGUUUGGAGGGUGUGUUUUGUACAGGGGCGCCAGCCGGCUGCCGUUUGCGUGCCCCGUCCCUGCGGGGUGCCCGUGCCGCAGCCCAUUUUGCUCGCAGAGAGCGGCGGGCUAGUGAUACGUCGAUAUAGAGUGUAGUUUAGUCCCAUCUCGGCCAGACUGGGGUGACCGUGUCACCCUCCGGCAAGCAGUUCCCGGCGUUCGGGCGGCUAUCGUUGUUAUGACUAUUUUGUUGUGCAUUCUGUUUGUCUCCAUUUUGCUUUGUGUGUUUGUAAUUUCGAGGGUUCAGGGACGUCGUGUUGAUUUACUGACUGUGCCGAUCAUAAUUUAUUUCACCCGUGUUCACAAUUCGUCUCCAUGCUCAUUGUACACCAUUUUAAUGAUUGUCGCGUGUAUCUGACGGCUGGCUCGCUGUCGGCUCCCUCUCAGCAAUGAACAGAGAUGCGCAGCCCGCUGUGGGACCGCGCGAGAAAUCAGAGACGUGCUACUCGAUUUUGUCGAGUUUUGCCAAACGUACCGCCAGGCGCAUGAUGUUUGGUGUGCGCCGUUCCUCUCGGCCGCAGUUUCGCGACGAGAGUGACGCUCGUGCUGUGUUCUGGCGACUGACCGCCGGGCUAGACGCCGGUGCUGCCAUAGGCAUCCGUCGCUAUAAUCAUUAUGUAGGUAAGCUUGUUGAUUGUAUGGUUAUUUCAUAUCGAAUAUAUCUGUUAUCGCUGG